UUAAAACGCCUAGUGAGUAAAAAAUUAAAUAAUUUAUAUAAAAAACAAAAUAAUAAUACACAAAAUGAAAAUGAUGUGGAAAGUGUUAAUGAAAUUGAAAAACAUGGAACAAAGAAUACGGAAGCUAGAGAAAAGAUCGGCGCAGAACACUAUACUCCUGGAGCGGAUUAUUGACAUAUUUCCACCGAUGAAGAUUGAAUUAAUGAUAUUUCCUAUUAAAAACAUGAAUGAUUUAGCAUCUACAGAAUCCUUGCUUUUGAAUAAGCCUGAGGCAGAAAUUGUGGCGUAUCUGAAGCAAAAAUUUUCAAAGAGACCCCUAUCAAAAAUUUUGGAUGAAGUGAUUGCGGAGUCCCUGCACUUUAAAGUGAAUUGGGAUGGAGCCAAAAAAAAGUUGCAUUGA